GAGAAAAUCACCCAUUCAUUGUACCACGGCUUAUAGUGUAUUUGUCUGUCAUAAAAAUAGGAAAAGAGGCGUGACCUAUUUAUAAAAUAAUGCCACGUGACCAGUUAGUUUUUUGGUGAUUGGUCUAGUUAUAGUGAUCAUCAUACCCCAAACUAGACUCAAGUAUGCAUCUCAGCAUAUCCGUCAAGGCGUCAAGGCGUCAAGAACAAACGUCACGAGUCGUCGACUUCGACUGUCACUUGCCGCAUUUCCUAAUUUCAUAAACAAAAAUUAUUUUCAAUUUUUAAUGUGCGUUGUUCGAUAGUGAUCAAUACCAACGAAAAGAUAAAUAUUUUCUAUCUUUUACGGAUCCUUUUCGCUAGAAAUCUCCAAGAAUGGCGGACGUCUUGGAUAUAAAUGAUCAAGUGGACAUAGACGUCGACGAAGAAGGGGAUCAAAGUGUUCUCCGGCUAAAAGACAAAGUUGUAAAGCGUAAAGGCCGAGGUUUUGGCCCUGGUGAAGGCAGGGAGCAUGAAAAAGUACGAGGGUAUGAGUCCAUAGAUAAUGGAGAUCUAGGUGAAGAGACUGGGCCUCAAAAAUCGAUUGAAGGAUGGAUCCUGUUUGUGACCUCUGUGCAUGAAGAAGCUACAGAAGAAGAUCUGAACGAGAAGUUUUCUGAAUUCGGGCAGAUUAAGAAUAUAGCGAUAAAUCUCGAUCGUCGAACAGGUUUUUUGAAAGGCUAUGCUCUGAUAGAAUAUGGGACAUAUGAGGAAGCGGCAAUGGCUAGAGAAGCACUAAAUGGAUCAUCUCUAUUGGGUCAAUCUAUUGGAGUAGACUGGUGUUUUGUGAAGGCACCCAAAAAGAUGAAGAAACGUAGCAGAAGGCAUUGAUAAUAAGUUGUGUUUGAACACUACCUAUUUAUAAUAUUGUGUUUGUAAGACUACAUUUUUUUUCUUUUUUGUAUACCUCAGAAAUAUAGCAAUUAAUUUAAAACUUGCAUUGUAAACUCUUUUUUUAUAAAAUGUUUAUCUAGAUCACUAA